AUGCAGGCAAGGCUUGAAAUACUAAAGCUCUUUCAAAACUCCAUUUCUCCAAAACCUCAUCAAAUCAGUUCCUUAUUAGUCAAGCAAGUAUCGACCAUUACCCACUUGCCCCUCGCCCAUGACUCAACCUUCUCUCCUGAGUCCCCGAACCGACCUAAUAGGGAUCUAAAUCUCUCUGACCCAGAAAAUGGAGAUUUUGUUAUUCCUUCACUCGGCAACUGGGUCGAAAAUCCCUGCCAUGAAAACUACAAAAGCAUUGCAGCUGAGAGUGGCACUGGUGGCGACAUUGAUAAAGUGAGAGGAAUCCUUAAAAGACAAUUCCCAUCCGAGAAUCUUGUUGUAAAGGCGUUGGGUGAGAGUCGAAUUAAUGCAACAAAUGAUUUGGUUUCACAGCUUUUGGAGAGGUUUAGCAAUCAAUGGGUCCUGUCUUUUGGUGUUUUCAUUUGGGCAAAAAAUCAAACAGGUUAUGUGCAUACCCCUCGGCUAUAUGAUUUCAUGGUUGAUAUAUUAGGGAAGAACAAGAAGUUUGGUAUUAUGUGGAAGGUAGUCGCGGAAAUGAAUGAGCUAAAUGGGUAUGUUUCGUUUGCCACAAUGAGUAUUGUAAUGAGGCGGCUCGCUAGAGCUGGUUUGUAUAAAGAUACUGUUGACGCAUUCAGAGGGGUGGAGAAAUUUGGUCUGAAGAAAGACACAGUAGCAUUGAAUACGGUAAUGCAUGCUCUGGCUAAGCAAGGUGGUGUUAAGGAUGCUUAUAGUUUGUUUUUAGAGUUUAAGGAUUCUAUAACCUUAGAUUCUCAUAGUUUCAAUAUUUUGAUACAUGGGUACUGCGAAGCCAGAAUGUUGGAUGAUGCAAGAAAGACUAUGGAAGAAAUGGAGAAGCACGGAUUUCGUCCUGAUGCUUUCUCAUACACUUGUUUUAUUAAAGCAUAUUGUAGCCAGAAGGAUUUUCGAAAUGUUGAAGUUAUUUUGAAAGAGAUGGCCGACAAGGGUUGCGAACCUGAUGCGACUGCAUAUUCUAUUUAUAUUCGCGCUCUAGGGAAAGCAAGAAAAAUAAAUGAAGCUGUGGAGGUUUAUGAGAAAACGAAUAAAAAUGGCUGCAAGCCAGAUAGUAAAUUUUAUAGUACAUUUAUCUACGCAUUAGGUCGGUCUGGAAGGCUUAAUGAUGCUUGGUUUGUAUUCGAGGAUAUGGAAAAUCAAGGAGUUGGUCGCGAUUUGUGGACAUAUAAUACCAUGAUCUAUUCUGCUUGUGCAAAUGGGCAAUUCAAGAGUGCUUUAAAGCUGCUGGAGAAAAUGGAGGAGAAUUCUUGCAAGCCCGAUCUUGAGACUUAUCAGCCUUUAUUGAAGAUGUGUUGCAAGAUGAAGGACAUGAAGGUGCUCGAGUUUCUGUUGAGUCACAUGUCCAAGAACAAUGUCAGCAUUGAUCUUAGUACAUAUGCUCUUUUGAUUCGUCAACUCUGCGAGAGCGGAAAACUUGAACACGCUUGCUUCUUCUUUCAAGAUGCGGUGUUGAAUGGAAUGGUUCCUAUGGAUAAGACAUGCGAGAUUUUAUUGAACGAACUUGGGCGAAAUAAUAUGGCGGAAAUGAAGGAAAAGAUUGAAAAUUUGAUGUUACAGACGAAAGAGCAAAUAUUAUUUAGUCUUUCCUAG